GUUGUUUAUACGCUCGGACGCAGUCAUGAGCGCGUUGGCCACUGCCUACUUGGCGCGUUCGGUGUAACGUGCCGUUGUUGGAGUGAGGGGGAGAGGCAUGUAAUUGCUGGGAUUGUGUGUGCGCGCGCUAGUGUGCAUGACAUGUUGCCGUCCCGCUCGCACGCUAGCGGCUCAUCUGACAACGGCCGCCAUUAUGAAUGUGCGCCGAAGUUGAAAAACCGGUUGGCGCGGCGAAAAGCACUCAAACAUUGAGUGAAACGCGAAUUGAGUGGAGCCGUCGCCAGCAGCAGCAGCAGCGGCGGCAGCAGCAGCGGCGGCGGCAGCCAGUUCCAGGUGAAAUUCAAGCCACUUGCGGCUGGCACUCAGUGUGCUGAGAGCGGCUUUCACGUGAACAACGUUCAAACGGAACAACGUCGAUUAGGCAAACGUAGCAAAGCAAUUUUCUGAAGCCAUCAUUCGGUUUGGGCAAUGUGCGCGGGUGCAGUGAGGAGCACGUUAUGAAUUUAAUUGGCCGCAUUGCGUUUCCGUUUGCCACCGAGUCUGUCUGUCUGCCAUGCCCACAGAUUUGCUCCACAAUCAAUAAUUGCGCCGCGACUGUGCCAGUGACUGUGCCCGUGACUGUGCCUGUGACUGUGACUGUGACUGUGCUACUUAGUGCUGUGUAGUAAAAACUCUUGAACUGUUCCAAGCACAUCAAAGCAUCGUUUCGUAGCCCGGCGACCAAACGCUGCUGACAUGUUGAUUGAGCCGAGCUUGAACCGUGAUUUUGGCUCGCUAACUGCUGCAGGUUCUGGCAUUGCGACCGCACACUGGAAAAUGGAGCCACAUCCCCAACGAUUGCCAUCGCUGGCAGCGCACGCAUCCAGUGUGGCGUCGGCAUCACCAACAGCGGCAACGACAACAACCGCGCCAACAACUGUGCAAAUACCGCCAGGUUUCGGUGCUGGCAACGGUGGGCCAACGGCGGCAACAGCUGCUGCCGCCGCAGCAGCAGCAGCAGCGGCAACUGGCAGCACGCUCGGCGCUUUGAUGUCGCAGCAUCGCCUAUUGGAGUUCUCCCGCUUUGGCGGCCUGCGCGGCUACGAUAUAGCCCAACACAUGCUCACCCAGCAGGGCGCUGUCUCCAAGCUGUUAGGCUCGCUGCGACCACCUGGUCUAAUUGGUGGCUCCAAGCCAAAAGUGGCCACGCCAACGGUCGUCUCCAAAAUUGAGCAGUACAAGCGCGAGAAUCCAACGAUAUUCGCCUGGGAGAUACGCGAGCGCUUAAUCUCCGAAGGUGUUUGCACCAACGCGACUGCGCCCUCGGUGAGCAGCAUCAAUCGCAUCCUGCGUAAUCGCGCCGCGGAGCGUGUGGCCAGCGAGUUUGCGCGCACAGCUGCCUAUGGGCUGUAUCCGCCACCACCGCAUCCGUAUGGCAGCUUUACGUGGCAUCCGGGCAAUGUGCCCGGCGGUUCGCCUGUGCCGCCGCCACCUUCUGCCCUCUGGCCAGUGGCUGCGCCCACGCUGGCCAAUCUGCCGCCCAGUGCGGGCAGUGCCACGCCGGGCAGCCUGAGCUUGAGCAGCGCCAAUCUGCUGGGCAGUCCAGCUGGCGGCGGUGCGCCCAUGAAUCGCGCCAUCUCACCUGGCUCGGGCAGCCACGAAACCUUGGAGUCGGCGGAUGAGAAUCGGCAAAUCGAUUCGGACUAUCUGGAUGACGAUGAUGAGCCCAAGUUUCGACGCAAUCGCACCACCUUCAGUCCGGAGCAGCUGGAGGAGCUGGAGAAGGAGUUCGACAAGAGCCACUAUCCGUGCGUAAGCACACGGGAGCGUCUCUCCAGUCGCACCAGCCUGAGCGAGGCGCGGGUGCAGGUUUGGUUCUCGAACCGACGCGCGAAAUGGCGUCGCCAUCAGCGAAUGAAUCUGCUCAAGCGGCAGCGCUCCAGUCCCGCCAAUCCCAUACACUCGCAGCAGUCGAACGACGGGCCGGCCAACAGCUCCCCCACGCCCAGCACGCACAGCAAUGCAUCCGCGCCGACCACCCCGCACGCCCAUCCGUCGGUACUGUGCGCGGACUCACCGCUGGGAGCGGCGCAGUCGCCGCCCUCCGUCAUGAUGCAUCCGCUGCAUGCGCUACCGCCGGGCCCGCCCGGUCACCACCAUCACUUGCCCACGCAUCCCGCAGCCCUGCAGCUCUUCAGUCAUUACCAUCAGCAGCAGCAGCAACAGCAGCAGCAGCAGCAACAACAUUCGCCCACAUCGGGUGGCGUCUGUGGCAGCCCAACGUCCAGUCUGUCGAUGGGCGGAGAGCGGAGCGCGUUCCGCAGUCUGGUGGGCUCGCCCUCAGCGGCAGCCUUUGCCUUGGGCCUGGCGCGUCAGUAUGCAGUCGCCGCCUCCCUGACCGUGGCCGAGGAGCAGCGCUCGCGGAUGCACUAUGUCGGUGGAGAGUGUGCGAAUGCGGCAGCUAGUGCCACGGUGAACGUGGACAAUUCGUCGUCGGACUCCGAUGAGGAAAUCAAUGUGCACGACGACUCCGAUGCUGAAAUUGAGUCGCCAGUGGCAAAGGUGGGCCGCCUGUCAUCCUCCGAUGCACCCACAACGCUGCAGCUCCUAAAGCAUGACCGGUAGGGGCCAGCUAGCGACAUGUCGGUAGAUUCUAAUUGAAAACUUGAGUUGUGUGCGCGCUUGUGAUUGACAGCGACAGUGCCCCGCGCUCCGUCCCCGCCCCCCUUGGCUCCACGCCGGCGCAGGGCGGAGGCGGUAACAUUCAUGUUGUGCUCCGUAACUUGAGACUGGGCGACGCUGGCGACAAAAAAAAAGUAAAAAAAAAAAAAUAUAUAAAAACAAAUCGAAAACCAAAGUUAAAAUGCUGCUCACCCACUUGGCUGCGGAUCGGGCUGCAGCUACGAGCUGUAUUAAGUUGUGCGGCAAGCUGUAAUUGCAACAUGCGGCAGCUACCUGUGCGCGUGUGUCUGUGUGCGUGUGUGUGUGUGUGUGUGUGUGUGGACAUGCCUAAAAUUAAACUCAAAUUGUAACUAAUACGUA